CCUCCUGUGGUUAAAUAGCAAAGCCCGCUGCUUCUCGUGGUAGACACCCAAAAGAGAGUCCGCAAAUAAAGCUGCGUAGAAAGACAACUGUCGCACUUUAACAUGUACUCUAACAAAAUUGAAGGACCGCGUAGGGGAAGAUCUUUUGACUCCAUGAACAUUGGCUUUGAAGAAAAACUGCUGAACAAUGAGAUAAAUAAAUCAACUUUCACAAAAAUUGAAGAAAGCACUGAAAAGAAGAACACCUCAGAAAAAGCAAGAGCAACAAUAAUCUUUUCUCUCAAGAAUGAAGUGGGAGGACUUGUAAAGGCUCUCAAACUCUUCCAAGAAAACCAUGUCAACCUCGUGCACAUAGAGUCCAGAAAAUCCAAGCGACGCAACUCUGAGUUUGACAUUUUUGUGGACUGCGACAGCAACCAUGAACAGCUGAACGAAAUCAUUCAGCUGCUGCAAAAGCAUGUGAACGUGGUGGACAUGGAGCCUCCCGAUAACUCCUGUCUACGUGAGGACGACAUGUAUAACGUACCUUGGUUCCCAAAGAAAAUCUCCGACUUAGACAAGUGUGCUAACCGCGUGCUGAUGUAUGGCUCUGAGUUGGAUGCAGACCAUCCGGGUUUUAAGGACAACGUCUACCGUAAAAGGAGAAAGUACUUUGCUGACCUUGCCAUGGCCUACAAACAUGGGGAUCCCAUUCCUCGGAUUGAGUUCACAGAGGAGGAGGUGAAGACGUGGGGCGUUGUGUACAGGGAGCUUAACAAGUUGUACCCUACCCACGCCUGCCGGGAAUACUUGAAGAACCUGCCACUUCUGUCCAAAUACUGUGAAUGUCGGGAGGACAACAUCCCUCAGCUGGAAGACGUCUCACGCUUCCUCAAGGAACGUACUGGAUUUACCAUCAGGCCUGUGGCAGGUUAUCUGUCCCCCCGUGACUUCCUUGCUGGUUUGGCCUUUCGUGUAUUCCAUUGCACCCAGUACGUGCGGCACAGCUCCGACCCCUUAUACACCCCAGAACCGGACACAUGCCAUGAGCUGCUGGGCCACGUCCCGCUGCUAGCAGAGCCCAGCUUUGCCCAGUUUUCUCAGGAGAUUGGUCUUGCUUCUCUUGGGGCCUCAGAUGACUCUGUUCAGAAAUUAGCCACAUGCUAUUUCUUCACGGUUGAGUUUGGCCUAUGCAAACAAGAGGGGCAGCUUCGAGCGUAUGGAGCAGGACUGCUGUCCUCCAUCAGUGAGCUUAAGCACGCACUCUCUGGUAAUGCAAGGAUAAUGCCCUUUGACCCCAAAGUUACAUCCAAACAAGAAUGCAUCAUCACAACCUUCCAGGAUGUUUACUUUGUGUCAGACAGCUUUGAGGAGGCCAAAGUCAAGAUGAGGGAGUUUGCCAAGACUAUCAAGCGCCCCUUCACAGUGCGAUACAACCCCUACACCCAGAGUGUUGAUGUGCUAAAGGACACGCCCAGCAUCAACAGUGUCGUGGAAGAGCUCCGACACGAGCUUGACAUUGUCGGCGACGCGCUCAGUCGACUGAACAAGCACCUGGGCGUCUAACUGCUCGCGUCCAGCUGAAGCCAAACACUGCUGUACAGAAACUGCUUGUGUCUCACCCUCAUUCAUCAGUACAAUGAAUGUGCACUGCACCUGUUGUCUCCACUGCAUGGUAAAUGGUGUAUAUGACUUACAGAGGUGCAUUAGGUGUAUCUAGUCACUGAUAGCAGUAAACUGCACAAACCUAAAGAGCUGCUUACAGUGAGACACUGUUUUGCUUCAGUUGUUCUUGGCUGAGCUGGCUUCUGUGUUGCAAAUGGUUAAUUUGCUUUAUUUUAAAUCCCAUCCUGACUUGUUACAAACUCUGCCUCCUGUUAACCCUGCUGUUGUAUACGAUAAUGUGCUAUUUUUGUAAUUCAUUUCUAUCUUAUUAUUCCUCACAUUUAAGCUUCCUAACUGCAGUGAUGUGUAUAAGAUGUACCUUAUUCUUUUGGUGUAUGUAUCAUGUUCCUUACUGUUCUGAAGUUAUAAAAAUGAAAAGUUUAUGACAAACUGUGGCCCACACACCCCAACUUAUUUUAUUUUUCAGUGAUGAUUCUAAAUACCUCCUCUUAAAGUGAAAAUUAUUGUAGUCCUCUUUAAAUCAGAACAUUAUUUUUCUACUGUAGAGAAACAAACAUUAUGAGGAGGUUAUGUAUCGAACUACUGAGAAAGAUAAAAUAAAAAUAUUGUGUCUUUA